CAAAACCUUUAAAGGUAAUCAUAUUUUAUAGAAUUAAUUUUAGGAAUAUAUUACAUAUAAAAGAGGCAUUUGAACAACUAAAUGUUUUAGAAUCAAUUCAUAUACUUGAAUGUCUUAUUUUUAAUUCUAAUUUUAUUCAACAAAUCAUUGAUCUUAACAAACCAUUUAAAUUAAUAUCUUUAUUUAUAAAGGAUGAACAUGAUUUGUUCAUGAGUGAUGAAAAUAGAAAUUUACAAAUUGUAUUAUUAAUGCAAUUAUUAUUUCAAAAUUUUGGGGAAUAUUUAGAAAAUAUUGGAUUUAGCUCAAAUGUAAAAGAUGUAUUAAAAUAUAGAGCAUUAGAAUUUAUUAAUAAUUAUUGUAAGAGAAUUAAAUUUUUUGAUAUAUAUACGACUAGUAUUCAGAAAACUCAUAUUGCAUUAGAUUCAGUCAAUAUUUUCGGUCAAAACCUUAAUUAUCUUUCUAUAUAUGUUUUAAUUCCGCAUAAUGAAAAAGAUGAAUCUACAAUAGAAAUGUUUUUAAGAUUAGCACAUGUUCUUCCUUGUAAGUUAGAAUAUUUGAAUUUAUAUUUUAAUACUCAGAUUAGAAAAAAUAUUUGGGAUGUAUUUUUAAAAAAUUUAAAACAUAUUUCUAUUAAGAAAUUAUUAUUCAGAAUUAUUAAUUUAUUUGAUGAUAUUUUACCAUAUAUAAAGGAAUAUAUUAUGAAAGAAAAAAGGGUUGAAUAUUUAGCUAUUGAAGGAUAUAUAGAAAUCCAAGUAAGUACAUAUAUUAUACAUAAGUAUAAAAGUGAGUUGUUUAAUAUGACAGAUGAAUUGAGGGAAUUUGAAUCAUAUAAUAUUAAAGUUAAAGAAUAUAAU